CCUUGGGAUUAUAAAACUAUAAAAUGCCAUUGCACCCUAUUUCUCUUCUUCUUCAUCAUUUUUUUUUACAUUUUUUUCUUUUAUACUUUUUCUACCUGAAAUGAAAUCUCCCGCAGUUGAAGGAUCUUCUUCUCGUUUUUAUCUCUGAUUCUCCAACUUCUAACUGUCACAAAAAUCUUGUAUUUCAAUUCUGUACCCUUUUUUUUCUCUCCAAUUUUCUUCAUCUUUAACCAAACAUGGACUCUUCUUCUAAUCUCAAUUUCCCAUUCACAAUUUCAUGUACACCCACUAAGUUAAAUCCUCAAUUCUGUCCCAAAAAACCAAUCUUUUUCACUUUUAUGAAGUACCCAUCUUCUUUCUUGACGAUUUCAUCGACACCCACCAAGCCAAAUCCUCAAUCUUGUAGUAAAAAUCCAAUCUUUUUCACUUCUAUGCGAUGUUCGAGAAAUAUAAGACAUGGGUUGUCAUCAGUUUCUUGCUUGAUUAUGGAAGAAGCGCCAUUGGAUGAGAGGUUAAGUGUUGUUGACAAAGUUCGAAGUUUAUCUUUGGAAUUUAGGUCCUUAUCAGAACCAAUUGAUAGAGUGAAAAGAUUGUUGCACUAUGCAAGUAUUCUCCCUCCAUUAUGUGAGUCAGCUAGGGUUCAAGAAAAUCGAGUUUUGGGUUGUACAACACAGGUGUGGUUAGAGGUUAGGAUGAAUAGUAGAGGUUCUAUGAAUUUUAGUGUAGAUAGUGAUUCUGAAAUUACUAAAGGGUUUUGCUCUUGCUUGAUGUGGGUGUUUGAUGGGGCAGAACCAGAGGAAAUUCUGAGUGUUACGGCAGAGGAUUUGGGAGAUAUGAAUGUGGGGCUGCCUAAAAAGGGUCGCUCAAGAGUUAAUACUUGGCAUAAUGUGUUGUUCAGUAUGCAGAAUAGGACUAAAGAUUGUGUUCAAGAAAGGAAGAGAGCUUUGUCUUUGGAAGAUCUUCAUUCUUUAGUCAUUAGACCUCAUGAACAUGUUGGUGGGCCUAGUGCCAAUGGAAGUUACCUGGAAUCUGAGCCUAAGUGCAGUUUCGAAGUCAAAUGAUUCUCAUCCAAGCUUUGUCCAUGGUUGGAUGAAUCUGCUAAAGUUUCACCAUUUUCUUCUUUUGUUACUGAUAAGGCUUUUGUUCUCCAAUUUGCACCUGAGGCAACUUCCUUCUCAUUCUUUAUCCUUGCUUUUCACAGACCUUACAACUAAGAUGCCAUUCUAAAUACAAUUCUUUGUACACGUUGCAUAGAAUUGAAUUCGCAGGGCCAAUGAAGCAGAUGAUUGUUGAUAUCAUUUUUGUACUGAGUUGCCUCUUUCAAGGCAUUCAUUGAAGAUGAUCCAUGGACUUCUCCCUGUGGCAUAAGUUGUUAACAUAAUCGUUGUUGUAUUUUGUAUUAGCAACCUACUAGUUUAGUUUUUUUUCUUCUUAGAUGUAAGACAAAUAUCUUUUGGAAGAGAAAUUUCCAAAUGAGUAUUCUUUAUUUUCAAAUUCAUAAUUGGAGUGAUAACUGAUUUAACACUUACACUUUUGAACUAGGAAGGGAGGGAUUGCUUUGUAAAGACUAUAAGUUGGGAGAAAAUCAUUCUUCAAUACCUAAAGAAAAGUGAUAUUUUAGUUA